AUGAGCCCAAGAAUCCCCAAGGCUCCCGUCCCACAUGCUUUCAUCGAAAACGAGGAUUUUAGUGUUGAAAAUUUACUGCUGGAUGAAUCUAUCGACCAUGUCGCGUUUUUGAAGUGGGGGCCAGGGCGCUGCCAUGAAUCUCUCCCUCAUGUU